GUAUUGGAUGAAGAUGUAUGCUCCCUCGCCUCAUCCUCCCCGUCGCUGCGAGAUAUGGUAUAUCCGCCUCUGUUGGGUAGAACUGUUUGUGCAAGUUGCAGUGAGGAAAUUGUGGAUAAAUACUUGCUGAAGGUUAACGACUUGUGCUGGCAUGUGCGUUGUCUCUCCUGUAGCACGUGUCAAACAUCGCUCGGCAGUCAUACAAGUUGUUACAUCAAAGACAAAGAGGUCUUCUGCAAAUUGGACUACUUUAGAAGGUAUGGAACAUGGUGCGCGUGCUGCGGCCGAAAUAUAUACUCUACCGACUGGGUCCGCCGGGCGAAGGGCAACGUAUACCACCUGGCGUGUUUCGCCUGUUUCUCCUGUAAGAGGCAGUUGUCCACGGGGGAAGAGUUUGCCCUGGUGGAGGAGAAGGUGCUGUGUCGUGUACAUUACGACUGUAUGCUGGACAACCUGAAAUGUGCCCUGGAGAAAG